CGUCUUUGUGUAAGGUGGAAAUGGAGGCAGAGGGAGAUGUAACCAGAGAAAAAACAAGGAUAUACGUCGGUGGAUUGGGUGGUGGUGUGUCGGAGGACGAUCUCCGGAAAACUUUCUCGUCAUUGGGUGAAGUAGCCUCUGUCGAUAUUGUUCGCACCAAAGGCCGCAGCUUUGCUUACCUCGAUUUCCUUCCUUCUUCCGAUAAAUCUCUUCCAAAGCUCUUUAGCACGUAUAAUGGAUGCAUGUGGAAAGGAGGGAAACUGAGGCUUGAGAAAGCUAAAGAACAUUAUCUUCUUAAAUUGAAGCGUGAAUGGCAACAAGACUCUGAAAACACAAACAAAUCUAAUUCUGAUGCUUCCAAAACUCAUGAUGCUUUAGAAAACCCAAAAAAACCUUCUGCAGAAAUCAACAAACAGCUUUGUUUAUUCUUUCCCAAAUUAGGAAAGGUUAAAUCAUUGGGUCAAGUUGGAAUUGGGAAACACAAAUACAGCUUUCAACGUAUUCAAGUUCCACCAAUCCCAACACAUUUCUGUGAUUGUGAGGAGCAUUCAAUUGCUUUUCUUCCAACUAAAAAAAACCAAAUUUCUGAAAUUGAGAAUGUAAGUGAUGGAAUUAAUGAGCAAGAACUCAAUAUUAUGAACUCUGUGAUGAACAAGAUCUUUGAAAGGGCAAAUCCGUCAAAACCAGUCAAUGAAGGAGCUUCCAUGAACUCCAUUGAAAAUAGCGAAGAAGAUCAUCUCACAGAUGAAGAUAAUCUGAUAAUCAAUGUGGGGACAGGAAAUGAUGACGUGGAUUUGUUAGCAGAAAUGAGAAUGAUAGCAAAUAAGGAUGCAGUAGUAGCUAAAAAGCAUGGAGGGCAGGAAAAGAAGGCCAUGCCACCUAUUAAAAAAAGAAAAUCACCUCCCUCGAAAGAGAAACCCGUGAUUCCGGAAUCUUCUAGAAGUUUCCGGACCCGUUUGGAUACACGAAAAACCAGAAAAAUAGAAGUAGAAUCAAACACAAAGCAACCGGAACCCAAUUCUUUACGCUCACUCAAGUCCACAUGGAAAGAUCUGAUUGGUCGAAAACGCAACACACCAUUCACCAUUCCCAACAUCAUCCCAACCGUUGAUCAACAAAAAGAUGAAUCCAACGGUGAUGAUCAUCCCGGGAUCGAUCUCGAAAUGAAAACAAACAAAACAAGUGAUUCUGAUCAUAAAGAAGGUUCACCGGAAAAAGACGCCGGAGAUACAAUUCCGGCGGCGGCUAAAGGCGGUUUGUGGCGGCAGAAGUCAUCAUGGACACAAUUGGUUAGCACCGCGAACCAUGACUCAUUUAGCAUUUCACAGAUUGUGCCCGGUCCAAGUUUCGAAAACCAUGAACCGAGCCCAACUCGGGUGGUUACUGAGUCAACCGGGAGGAAGGAAAUGAGUUCAGAACGAAAGAGAAGUUUGAUUAUUGGGAACUUAGAAUUGAAAGAAAGUUGCUCGUUUAUGAGGACAGAAACGUCAAUGAACGAGUGGAAGAGAGCAAAAACAUCAAAAAAGUCAAAUGAGGGAGUUAUUUGACUUAUUAUAGUUCGAGUAUUGAUCAUUUUUUGUGUUAUUUUGUAUCUUAUUUGGUUAUAUGUGAUAGUUACAAUUUACAUGAAACUCGUUGG